AUAGAUCGAUCACAUCGCUAUGAACACAGCUGUCCAAAUAUUUCUGUCAGGCUUUUAUCAUACAAUGCUGAACGCGCAUGUCGACGAUUGUUCAUAUAUAGUUGAAUAGCUCCCCAACUGUUUGACGUAUCGAUGUUAAAACAGGAAUCCACGAAAAAGGGGAACGAUCGAUGUCAAAUAUACCCUUAAACACCUGUCGUUUAAACUCAUAGCCGUAAGUCUCGCGUUAUCGUUUCUAUCGUAUGCGAAUCUCAAGCGAAAUCGAAGCAGCAAAGGCAAAGCGUAUUUCAUCGUCGCGUCGCACAACGAAUACGACGUUGGCCGCUCGCCGAUGUCGUCUCACGAGACCCGAGACGUUUUAUUUGCGGCUACGGUACUAUGAAGUGUAUUCAGAACCAACCUCUCGAUAAUAGCUUUUGUCGAUUAUCUUGAUAUCUGACGUUAUAUAGUUCUCUAAUAGCGCGUAGCUGCGCAGACGAUCGCGAUUGUGAAUCGAAGUUGGUGUCGAAGUUGACGGGGCAUUCGUAAUACGGUUUCGACCGCAAAUAUUUUGCUGAUAUUUUCGUACAAUCACCAUGACGGAAGCUAAAGAGUGGACAUCCAAGACGAAGAGGGUUUCACUGGGAGUUGGCGGUGCCUUGGUGCAGCUAACGCAGGAUCCUGAACGGGGUAGCUGGGCCAAUCCCAUCGAGUUUGUUCUAUCCUGCAUCGGGUAUGCCGUUGGCAUUGGCAAUGUUUGGCGUUUCCCUUACCUUGUAUAUCGUAAUGGCGGUGGUGCUUUUUUAAUUCCAUUCGUUUUAAUGCUGAUAACCAUGGGAUUACCGAUAUUUUUUUUGGAACUCGCGAUUGGACAAUAUUCAGGACUUGGCCCUAACGAAGCGUUCACACGUAUGGCGCCGGCACUCGAGGGUCUCGGUUAUUGCACCCUCGUCGUCAUUUUGCUUGUAAUGGUCUACUACAUGGUGAUCGUUGCCUGGACACUUUUCUACACGUUCGUCUCGUUCGUGCCAAAGCUCAGUUGGGCCUACUGCGACAACGAUUUCAACACGAACGAUUGUUAUAGUGGCCUGCAAGGGAUCCAAUGUCAAACGAAUGAUCCGGAAACAAUAUUUUACAACAAGACUUGCGUAUCGGCCAGGCUUAUCUGCAAGAACUUUGGUUUCGAGGAUGGCAACGUCACGCAUUGUUUCGAUACGAACAGAUUGGAACUUCUUCAACACCUGUAUACUCGCAUCCUUUCUUCGGAGGAAUAUUUCAACGACCGUGUAUUGGGUCUACGAGGUGCCACGUGGGAACAUUUUGGAGGCAUAAGAUGGGAAUUGUUAGGAUGUCUCACCCUCGCUUGGACAGUCUGCUACCUAUGCCUGAUGCGCGGUGUCCACUCCAUUGGGAAGGUCGUCUACUUUACUGCACUUUUCCCUUACGUCAUGCUUACAGCGCUGCUGAUACGAGGUGUUACACUGGACGGUGCUGGUGACGGUUCUCUUUGGUUUAUUACGCCAAAAUGGUCAACACUGGAAUCAACUAGCGUAUGGGCAGAUGCUGCAUCCCAAGUUUUCUAUUCCCUUGGUAUUGGUUGUGGAUCUUUGACCACUCUUUCGAGCUACAGUAAUUUCAAUAACAAUUGCCACAGAGACGCAAUUAUCGUGACGUUUACGAAUCUCGCAACGUCGAUCUUCGCCGGAUUCGUAAUUUUCUCCAUUAUGGGAUUUCUUGCCCGUCAAAUGGGCAUACCAAUCGACGAAGUGAUCAAAAGCGGAGCAGGGCUGGCUUUCAUCGCGUAUCCAGAAGCCGUGGCACGGAUGCCGUUGCCCAAUCUCUGGGCAGUGUUGUUUUUCAUCAUGCUGUUUAUCCUAGGCAUCGGUAGCCAAUUCGCAGGCGUGCAGGCGAUAAACACCGCCAUAUUGGACCUGCGACCAGAUUUACGAAAACACGAGAGCUACGUGGUAUUAGGGAUAUGCGUCACUUGCUGGCUCCUUGCUAUACCGAUGGUGUUCGAUGGUGGUAUUUACCUGUUCACGCUGAUGGACUGGAACACCGCUUCUUGGGCAAUACUAUUGAUCGGCAUUGCAGAGGUCGGCGUGGUAGGCUGGUGUUACGGGUGCAACAAAUUCCUGCGUAACAUAGCUGAAAUGCAAAUGCGGUUCAGCCUUUUGCUCCGCAGAUAUUGGUGGCUCAGUUGGGUUGUGCUCGCGCCUAUCACUUGUCUGGUGGUGUUCGUGUAUCAAAUAUGUACGUACGAGAUGCCUCGUUAUGGCGAGUACAUAUUCCCUAGCUGGGCGAAUGCGAUCGGAAUACUGAUCGGCCUGUCGACCCUCGCCCCGAUGCCGUUCUUUUUCAUCCGUCGCCUCUGGAAAGGUCCGAGGGACUGGAGUUUGUUUCGACCAAAGAAGACGUGGGGACCAGCUGUGGAGAAAGGUGCAGGUAACGGCAAUUCGUCCAUGGCGACCAUCAAGAUCUCGCAACCGUAUAGAAACGAACCGCAAGAGAAUUACAUUUAAUGAUUUUAACGAAUUCAUCUACUUUUUAGACGAUUCUAGUCACGUUAACGCGAAUGUUAAUCACCCGAUCCAAGCGUUCAAGAACGCUCUCUUCCCUACUAAGUUUUUUUCUGUUAGGAAAGUUUUACAAAUAGAGUGCGGAUUUUUAUGCAUUUCUGUGAAACUUGAAGAUGCAAAAAUACGCAGAAUGCAUGUAACUUUCAAAAACUUCUAAUUAAUUAUAAUAAUUUCAAAAAAUAUCUAAAAUAUAGAAGUUUCGAAAUAUUCGAGCCAUACACAGGUCGAAGUAACUAAUACCACUUUUUGAAAUUUUUGAAAUUUUAGCGAAGGUUCGAUCGAAGUUUAUCUGAUAUAAUCUCAUCAUUUUUCUCUGCUCUUUGUUUCGUGGAAUUUUUUCAUUUUUAGGCAAGUUGCGUUUUCUUAAUUGUAUUCGUAGAAAUAUGAAUUCGCAUAAAUCUCCGCUGUCUGUUCAUCAAUGAUCUUUGUUGUAUUCUCUUUCAUUCGCUUUUGUCUGAUGUGAAGCGAAUUAAGAGCUUUCAUCAGAUAAAAGUCAGACUGGAAGUUUUAAGGAACCCGGCAGAUUUUUCGGCCGAGAACGAAGAGCUACGAUAUAUCAACACUUUCAUAUUUUCCAAUACUCGCUGUAAAACUUGGGAACUCUGUUUUCGUUGAAACUUUUAAAUUAAUGCUCACGAACAACCGCGGUGGUAGCAUCAACUACAACGAGGUGCGUGUGUUAUAGCAUUUCGCUAGCUGUUUCAAAGCAAUGUUUUAAUUUCUAUGCCCAUGUGAACACGCUAACGCGUACGAACGAUAUUAAUGAAUUUGCAAUUUUUACCUGAAAAGAACUCAUCGGUUCGUUUUGAUGUUUCGUUCUUUGCAUUUCAAACAGGGAAUGUAUCGGCAAUUCCACUGGAAUACCAAGCGUAUGCAAAAUUCGAUAUGCGUUCCGAUGUCAACUUAUUUUUUGCAGAAUCCGUAAUUAUUCCAUAAUUGGAAUGUGUCAUCUAAUUGGUCUCGAUUUAAUAACGUUGUAUAUGAUAGAAUAUGUUAAAAAUACAGUACUUGGAUUUACAAUGCCUUAAUAAAUGUCAACUUAUUCUUUAUACUGAAAAUUUUAUAGUCUCUCUAUGUUGUUAUAUCUUACAAUUUGAAUGAAAAAUUCUGAUGAACCUUUUUGUAUGAUAUAUGGCUGACAAGUUAUUGAUAGAAUGUUCAAUCUUAGAAGUAUUAAUGAUUUCCCUCUUGUUAGAUUUAAUAGUGGCUUAUAUUUCAUACACUAUGAGACGCUACGAUGCAAAGACAUUAGUUAAGUUAAGGCAUUUAAAGUAGAGAAGAUUAUUUCAAUUGAGAGACAUAUUCAAAUAUAUAUAUAUAUAUAUAUAUAUAUAUAUAUAUAUAUAUAUAUAUAUAUAUAUAUAUAUAUAUAUACUUAUAUUUAUAUACAAUGUAUACAAAUAUUUGCCAGGGAAUAUUGCGGAAAUAACAAAUGUUGUGAAAAUUUAAAAAAUUCGCAAAAUGUAACAAAAUUAUUUCGAUAUAGGGUCUAGCGAUAACUUGCCAAUUUGAGAAAAAUGAUAGUUAUUUGUUACUUGUUAUUUAUUUAUUAUACAGUUAUGCCAAAAGAAUUGUUGGUAACAAAUACGUUACGCAGCGAAACGAUAGAGAUGGUUUGUGGGACUUCCAUAGGAAUAUAACACAGAAAUAAAAAUGCUGUUGCAUCUGCAAUACACAUAUUGCUGUCAUAUUGAAUAUAAUUCAUACAUAGAAUCAACUAACUGAUUGUCAUUCCUACAAAUCUUUUUACAAAAUUAAACUAAAUAAAUAUUUCCUCUAUACGAAUGAAACAGUUAUCGAUCCAAGGUUUGUCCAAUAAUGUAUAGAGUGGGUUGAACAAAAUUUGAUACACGAAUUUUACGUGUCCGAAUAAUUCAUAAUCGAUUAUUUCGUUUUUUAAAUCUACGGUUCUAAUUCGCAUUCUUUGAAAAACUAAAGCAGAGAAAAGAUUGUUUUUAAUUUACACUUAUUUGUUAUUUGGCUUUGAAACGAGUAAUUGAAACAAGUGUAAUAACAGACACGCAAAGAGAAAAGAAAUCUGACCAGUAACGUUACAAAUCUAAAGAUGGCAGACUUCGAAUACAAAAUUCGACCUUAUCUUUUCCAUUUUGAUCUUUCUUCCAAUAAUGAGAAUAAAUACUGUUUAUAUAAAUCAGGAUGCGUGUGCAUUAAGCGUUUAAUUUAAAAAACAAAUGGACAGCUCGAAAAACAUAAGAAUGCAAGAAUUCUGGAAAAUCGAAGUAGAAACGAAAUAGAUCAUGAGUAAAAGCGUGAAGAAAUCGAGAAACAUAUUUCUUUAUCUUUAUCUCAUCUAUUUGUACUUGGAUAUAUAUGCACAAUUCUGUACAAUCACUCAUGCAUAAUUGUAGCAUUUGUAGUAUAAUUAUCGAAGAUAUUUAUAGCGUGAAUUACAGUUUACAACAUCGUUUUUAAAAUUAUCACCACAAUAUCGACCGACCAAAUAUAAAAUUAUCAAUCUUAGUUUAUGUACUGUAUCAAAAUCACAGUUUUCUAGCCUCUUUUUCACUAUACGUGAUACUUUGAAAAUUUACUUGUUUAGUCCCCGAUACUCGAGUGAGCGGAAUACGAGGUCGACUUCAAUUGCAUGAUUCGGCUGAUGUGAUCGAAGCGGCGAAGUUACUCUAUACUGUAUACAACUAUACGUGGUCUUGUAAUAAAGCACGGUCUGCUACAUCGGUUGCAUCCGAGCGUGUGCGGUAGUGUGCACGAAGGGACGACGUACAAUAGUGGUGUCGCGUUAUGAUCACCGGUCACGCCGGUGGAAAAGUGGCGAAUGUCGCUCGCAUUCGUCCCGUGUUCUCUCCUAAUUAAUGCGAUGGAACAUCUCCGGUACAAGGAAUUCCGUGUCCUCCGCGCGGCGUGGCAAUAUCGUGUGGCCGUCUCGACCGCUUGUACUCCGUCUUAUGGGGAAUGUCGGGACGGCGAGAGUGUGCGGCUUGCAACGGUGCGUUAAUGAGAAUUUCGCUCGAUCACCGCCUCGAUUCACAACGCGUGCCUCACCGGUUCAGCCCCGCAGCAACGGCGACUUUUUGCCCACGAAUAUGAACCCCUAAAAUUGCCUCUCGAUCCCUGAAUUAUCCUUCCCAUGAAUUUUUAUAAGCCCGACGCGUUUCGUCGGCUGCGCGUUUCACAGGAUCUGUAGACGCUUCGUAUAUGCUAGACGCGGGUAUUUGGGAGACAAAUUUUGAAGGGAUCGAUUCUGUUAUAAGAAAUCUGUGUUCCUUGGUUCGUUGGAGUAAGAAAAGUAAUGGCAUUUUUAUGAAUAUAUAGGGAAUUUAGAGAUGAACAAAUGUGUAAAAUACCCAAUAUUAUGUUUCCUUGGUUGUCUAUUAUUCGAAAAAGAUAUUACUAGUAUUCAGGUAAUUCCUGCAAUAAAAGAUAUCCAAGGUACUAAUCCGAUUGAGGCUGUGUUAAUUUUAUACGCAUUACAUUAAGUACUAUGGAACUAAUGAUAAGCAUUAUACGUGUACGUAAAUCGAUUGUCUUAUCUAAGAGGAAGAAACGGAAAUAUCAUCUUGAUAGUAGACCGAUAUGUAUCUUUAUUUCUACAUAAUCUGUACAUAAUUAUAAUAAUCUUAAAUCAACAUUGUAUAUAUUAGUUUAUAUCUAGUGAAUUAUAAUCAUUGACUAUAUAAUAAUAUAAUUGGGGAAUUGCUAUCUAUUACACUCAUCAUGCACAAUCACUUUUCUAUCGGUACAAUAAGUACCUGCAAAUUUCAGUAAUAACCGGAAAUGAACAAUCGGAAUUGACAGUUUAUUGUUAAUGUAUUAAUGUCAAUCAGUCAAAAGCAUUUCUAAUUUGACAUAUUAAUUAAUAUUUUAGCGUUAUUGCGGUAUACCUGUCUGUCCUAGAUAUUCUCUCAUAUCAAUAAUAGGUAUAAUAAAUGAUAAAUCGUAAAUUAAA